AUGGCUGGCCUGCACUACAACUUCUUUCCUACUGAUUUCUUUUACCCUCGCACAAAGCCUAUGGCCUUCGACAGCACCAGUCCCAGUCCCAAAGAUCAACUUCUUCUUCCUCUUCAAACUUCUAACAGAGAUCGCCAUGUAGUGGAAAAUCUUCAACAGCCCUUAAAGCCCACAAGCCAUGGAGUUGGUCAAAUUAACAACAGCCUCCAUCACUACAAGGUACUCAAAGCUAUUACUUCCAUAAGCCAAAGCAAAGAAGGUGGCUCAUACAACCGAAGAGCCUUCACAUACUACUGA